AUCCCAAAGUGAAGAUCAGAAGCAUUAUUCAUUUUGGAAAUAUUGCUGCGCCCCCUUUAUGAUUAUCACAUUUGUUUGCAGAGGAAUAGAGCGCAUUCUUGGAUUUGGGGAAAUAAAGAAGAUAAAAGAGACGCACAGAUUGUCCAAUAAGAUCAUGAAACUUUGUAUCAGACAUAUAAGCGUAGAGCACUACUUCGACGGAGGGAGGGACCCUUGGCUAACUAGAUAUGAUGAAGAUGAAGACUUAAGUUUUAUUAAUUCUUCCCAUCAAAAAAAAAGUUUUAUUAAUUCCGAUAGUGAUGUUUCGAAGGAUCAUAAACAGCCACAGGUAGACAAAGAGACACCCAUACUGUCUGCAGCAAAAAAUGGAAUCAUAGAAAUGGUUGAGCGAAUACUACGCAGGUUUCCAAUGGCUAUCCAUGACGAAACGAGCGAAGGAAAAAAUAUAGUAAUGCUGGCAGCCGAGUACAGACAAACACAAGUAUAUGAGCUAUUCUGCAAGAGACAUUUACGGAUAGAGAGUAUGUUUCAUAAACUGGAUAACCGCGGGAAUAGCACAUUACACCUUGCAGCCAAACAAAUAGAGCUGACGACGGGCCUAAUUCCUGGGGCUGCAUUGCAAAUGCAAUGGGAGAUCAAGUGGUAUGAGCACAUAAUGAAGUCCAUGCCACGAGGCUUCCUUCAUCUCCCCAACAAAGAUGGCAAAACUCCAGGGGACGUUUUCAUGGAUACGCAUAAACUUCUUGUCGAAGAGGGUGGGAAGUGGCUAAGUGACACAUCGAAUGCAUGCUCAAUUGUAGCAGGUCUCUUUGUCACUGUUGCCUUUAACAUGUCAACCACCGUCCCUGGUGAGGUGGAUGAAAAAGGCAAUCCCCGCCUCGAAAAACAACUGGCAUUUAAUAUUUUCGCCAUCUCAUCCUAUAUAUCCUUCUAUUCUUCACUGUUAGCGAUGAUCAUGUUCCUUGCAAUCCUCACUUCCGGGAACAAAGAAAGCAGUUUUCGUAGCACCCUACCAAUGAAGCUUUUGUUGGCUUUAACAGCAUUCUAUGUGUCUAUAGCAUCUACCGCGAUAUGUUUUUCUGCAGCACACUUCUUCAUUCUAAGACAAAAUCUGAAAUCUGCAGCUUUUCCAGCAUAUUCAUGGGCAGUGCUGCUGCUAAUAUGCUUUGCUAUAUCAGGGUUUCCACUAUACUUUCAUUUGACAUGGGCUAUCUUCAAAAGAGUGCCACAUCAUCACCAAAUGAUAACUCCAGCUGGUUUUCAUAUUAAACAUUAAGUAAAAAUUAAUGUUCCUUCCUAUCUUAUUCAAGACCUAGUACUGAUGAGUCAGAUUUAAUAUCGAUAUAAGUCAUUUAUUUAUUUCCUAUGAUAAUCAACUUGU